AUGCCCGCCGACCCAGAGGGCGGACGCCGGCGCGACGGUAGCUUCUCGAUCCACGCCGAAGGCGACUUUGGCACUGUCCAGUUUGACUACCCCAACGCCCGCGAGGUGAUGGACGCGUUUGAGUGUGCCGAGGAGGUAACGUUCAGCUACGCCGCUGCCCACGUCUCGCUGCUCGGCCGCGCGCUCCAGCACUCGGUCAAGAUUUGCCUCCAGAUCGAGUCUGAAGGCUUUCUGUCCGUGCAGGUCAUGAUGCCCAUUCCGGAGAGCAUGGCGCCCGACAUGCACAAUGGUAUCUUGGAUUUCAAGAUGUACGCGCUCGAGGAUGAGGAGUAA